CACUGGUUUGCCUUGCACGCUUGAGUCUCGAAACUAGACUUCACGCAUCACAUACGUACAAAUUCAAACGAACUCCCCAUCGUCCGUCAAAAUGAUCCUCAGCGGAGCACAAAUUAUUUCGCGAAGGCUAGUUCGUGACAUCCGUCAGGCGUCUCAACAACAACCUUGCGGUGUCGAUCUCACGCUGCGCUGGAUUUCCCGUUGGCAUUCCGCCGCGAUAAUUGACUUUGAUAAUUCCAGACGCCAAGGGGCAAGAACGACCCGUCUAUCAUUCGACGAAGCUAACGAUUCCAUUUCGCUUCCACGCGGCCCUUAUCUGGUCGAUUUCAAUGAGACCGUUACCAUCCCACGAGAUUGUAUGGCUCUUGUUCAUCCGCGGUCUUCGCUGUGGAGGUCCGGCGUUGGAAUUCAGGCUGGUGUGGUUGAUUCUGGGUAUGAGGGUGCGAUGAGAGCAAUGAUGGAAGUCGAUAAUGAGCACGGCGUCACGCUCUAUCGAAAUGCUAAGUUGGCACAGAUUGUGUUUGAGCAGAUGGACGAGGAGGUGGAGGGGUACAGCGGGAUCUACCAGGGCUCAAGACACAGUAGUGCGGAGCGUCUUGGUGCUGAGGGAUGAUGGAUGGAGGCCUGCCUGAUGCUCAAAUCAAGCUUGGUCCUGUCAUAUAUCUCAUAAGGUCAAGGUCUGAAAGACAACUCUAUUCGUAAUCGUACAGCAUGUAUUUCAUCAAUGCGU